GGUUUUUUGUGCCUUCACAGAAAGGCUCACCGUCGGGUGCGCCCCGCUCUAACUCGUGACAGAGAGCUGGAAUAUUAUUGACAAUCUCAUUUGGACUGACACACCUGAACACACCUGAGCAGGUCUGACGACAAUGAACGUACAGUCAGCGAUCAACAAAGACGUGUUCAUCCCUCGGGAUGAGCGGCUGCUGGUGGCGGUGGAGGUGCAGAGGAGGAGGAGGAAGAGGAUGUCCUUCCUUCCUGCUGCAGCUCAGGCAGAAUACAAGACAUUCAUCUGUGUGUCAGUGACGAACACCCGGCCACAUCAGCUCCUCGUCACCAAGGUGAAGCAGUUUGAAGGCUCGUCCUCCUUCACCAGGAGGUCGCAGUGGACGGUGGACCAGCUCCGUCAGGUCAACGGCAUCAACCCCAACAAGGACAGUCCCGAGUUUGACCUGGUCUUUGAUAACACCCAGGACCAAUGGGUGGCCCGCUCCUCUGCAGAGAAGUGUAUCUUUGUUCAGAUCCUGUACCACGCCUGUCAGACGUACUGGGAGGGGAGAGCAGGGAGUCUUGGAAAGGUGGGCCGCCAGGUGAAACCAGGUCAAAGAGCUCUGCAGGAGGUGGGAUCCAGGGACACCCCACCUGGACCUGCAUCCAGAACCAUGCAGGCCCGACGCAAGAGCUAUGUCCCACCUAAACAGACAGAGUUCAUCAACUGCCAGUCCAAACUGACCGGAGACGCCUGCACCAUGAAUCUGCUCAUCUUCCGCUGCAGAGCCUUCCUGAACCGCAUCAAGAACAGGAUGGUAGCAAACCAGAGUCGCUCAGCAGCUGGAGGUGCAACGAGGCCGCGUGUGUCAGGUGGAACUAUGGGUAAUGUAGUUCAGAGGAUGAACGUGGCUCUGGGGGAGAGAGGAGACAGGCUGAGUCGAGCUGAAGAUAAGACUGUGGAUCUGAUGCACCGAGCUCAGCAGUUUGCAGACACGGCGCACAAGCUCGCUCUCAAGUAUUCUAAGUAAAGACGAGUCCUUCAGGAUCCAGUAACGUGGACUCUGUCAGGUCUGAUCUAGUCGGGACCUGCAGACUGACUUGUCAUGACGCCUGAAGAAACAGAAGACAACUGUUACACUAAACCCUCUAACCCUCCUUUAUCCUGACACGUCAGCUGAUCAACAGUUACCACUACUCUGUCUGAAUAAUAUCUGUGUUUCCAUGAAUCUCCUUUAUAAUCCUGUAUUUAUAAACGAGAGGCCCAACCUUCAUCAUGAUGUCAUCAUGUAGAGAGAAAGAAAGCUGGACGUCUUUCUGUAACAUCUUUUAACACUGACUGAAACUCAGCUGUUUGUGUUGAUCAGUAUUUAUGUUUCUAACCUGAGAUCAGUGUGUGUGUGUCAUGUCCAUCAUGUUUUGUGUGUAUUGUGUCUCCAUUCGAUUUGUCUUUGUCUCUAUCUCACCUUUAUUACUUUGUCUAUAUCUCACUGCUAUGUUUUCUUCUGAGAUCGUUCCUCAGGUGUCUCUGUGCUCUGUGUUACAGUCGAACAUUGUGUGAUGUGAUUGAACUGAUGUGUGUGUGUGUGUGUGUGUGUGUGUGUGUGUGUGUGUGUGUGUGUGUGUGUGUGUGUGUGUGUGUAUGUAUGUGUGGGGCUCACACUUUAUGUGAGUUUUUCUUCAAGCUUAAACAUGUCUGAUAUUUUUGACACAUUAUUAAAUUAAUUUUAAACUAA